AUAAGAAAAAAAAAAUUAUUAAUAAAACUUGGGGCUAAGGCGCUAAGCUAAGAAAAGGCUGUGUGAGAGGGUGCAGGUUAAGCACAUAAGCACCAGCGGUUCAUGUUAUCACUCAUCGUUUGGAAUUUUUCAUGUAUUAUGUGUCUCUCUGUUCCUAUCGAAGUCUCCCUCAGUGCGUGUGUGUGUGUUCGUAACACUUUGUUAUAGUAUUUCAUGGUGUGCGUGUUUUUGAGAGAGAAAAAAUAGAGAGAGAAAAGAGAGAGAAAGAGAAAAAGAGAGAGAAAAAGAGAGUUGUAUUUUUCUUUCUUGUUGGUUUGGAGAAUUUUUUAAGAUUGUUGGUAUUGAAAAAAAUAAAAAUAAAAAUAAAAACCAUCAAUACCAUAUUCUCAUUGUCCGAAAUCGAACAAGACCCACGUAUCGAAUUCUCUAAAAAAAAUCCCAUCUUUUUUUCUCGCCCACCAAACAAGACAACCCCAAUAGAAGGAAAAUCAGCGUAUACAUAUUGGGUUUUUAUUAUGUUGGUGAAUUUUCUUUUUGGGAUGGAUUAGAAUGGAGGAAAAUUGUAUUGGGAUUGUGGUGUAUUUUGAACAUGCAUAGUUUUGGGUUUUUACGUAAGGACGGUGUUUGUUUGCUGUGUCUCUUAGACAGUGUUUGAGAUUCUCUGAAGCUCGAAGAAGAAGAAGAAGAUGAUGACGAUGAUGACGACUGGACCGGUGGUGAAAGUAGGAAGAGAUAAGCUCGCGGCAUGCAUGACAUGCCCUGUUUGCAAUGAGCUCUUCACCGAUGCUACUACAAUAUCAGAAUGCCUUCAUACCUUUUGCAGGAAAUGCAUAUACGAGAAGAUAAAUGAGGAGGAGUUGGAAAACUGUCCUGUUUGCAAUAUCGAAUUAGGUUGCGCUCCACUUGAGAAACUCAGGGCUGACCACAGUUUGCAAGAUCUAAGGGCCAAACUUUUCCCUUCCAAGAGGAAAAGGGAUAACCCAACUGAUGAUUUGCCCUCAGCUUCAUAUCCAGCAAAGAGAAAGGAGAGAUCUCUUUCUUCAUUGGUCAUAAGUGAACCUAGAGCAUCGACUCAGCCUUCCCGUAUGACUGGAAGAAGAAAGAAUCCUACCAGAAAGAAUCUCACUGUACGAACAUCCAGUCUUUCUGUUGAGAGUCCUGUUAGGAAAGAGGAUGAUAGCCUCAAGAAUUUUAGCUCACCUGAGGCUGUAAAUAAAAUUCUUCAGAAUAGAAGGCAGAAUGAGUCAUCUAAGCAACAAAUGCAUGAUAAUGGUGUGAACAAGGCUGAACCAUAUGAAGGGAAAGCUGAUUUGUGGACACCUUUAAAUUGCCUUGUGGAAGCUGCAAGCAAAACAAAGACCAGUAAAUUCAAUUCCCAAGAGAAUUUUGUCAGUUCAAAUUUUCCUGAUACCCCCAGUAAUGAAGCACAUCAUCUUAAAUCGAAAGUCAAGGACAAUGGUUACAAAUCUAAAGCCAAUGGUGAUGAAAAGGACUCGAGCCCUGCACCAUCCGUUCCAGUGAGACGUAGAAGGAUGCAAGGUGUUCGGCAAAGAAGACCAACUGCGUCCGAUGGACUUAAUAUUUCAGCUCAAGCUGUGGUUGAUUCAAACAGUAAAAGUGCUGGAAGAUUUAAUCCAAUUUGGUUCUCGUUAAUUGCUUCCAGUAACCAGGCAGGAGAUGCACCACUGCCACAGAUAUCCUCAUGCUACUUGCGAGUCAAGGAUGGUAGUUUACCUGCUUCUUUCAUCAAGAAGUACCUUGCAAAAAAACUGGAUCUUGCAAGCGAAGCAGAGGUGGAGAUCUGGUUACGGGGGCAGCCGGUGAUUUCUACAAUACAAUUGCAUCACUUGGUAGAAUUGUGGUUACAAACGGCACCCUCAUCAGAAAGAAUACAAACCUCCGUUGGCAGCUCCGGCAAGGAUUUCAUGAUGAUUCUUUCAUAUGGUCGAAAAGCUUACCCCCAGUAAAUAUGUUCCGGUGAUCGGUGAUUUUUACAAUCACAAACUCCCUAAACAGCAAUCUCAUUUUAAGCAGACUGUGGUGGCAUCAACGUUUGAUGUGGCUUGCAUAUUUAACGACUGCAGGUUUUCUUGUUUUGUAGGAACAAAACAUAGCUUAUAGUAAAAACGCCUCGUAGACAAAUACUAUAGCUUAAGUCAUACAUACAAGUUUACAAGCAGAAAUACUUGGAUAGUCCAGUAAAGAGUUUUCUCAUACAAAUUUUAGUGGUUUUUCUUGGCUUUUUA